CGCAAACAGUGACACUACCUGGCAGAGAACUCACCUGAUAAACCCUUUCAAAGUAAAAUAACCUCACUGAUUUUUUGUGGAUUGACAGAAUCUGCAGGUCAUUUGGGACCAGGAAGCAAACUUCAAGUGGCUCAGCAGGAUAAAGUAAUGAGAGAAAAACCUGUAAAGUGAGUGGAAAGGAGAAAGAGAAGAAGGUGGUGAAAGGAACUGAAGAGUUUUAGAAGAAGGACAAAAUAAGGUGAAUAUGAAUCCAGAUCCUGGAGUCACAGAGCUGGAUUCCUCCUCACCUGGAAAUGCCCAAAGUGGUGAGAGCUCAGACCAUCAGAUCCAGGACCCGGAGCUGGAUCCGGUGCUGGUUUGGGUUCCCAGUGGGAGGCGUCUGAUCUCUGGUCUGCUGGGUAUGAAUGUGGUGCUGUUGGGAGCGGCCCUGGUGGCCGGGCAGGCUUUUCACCCCGAGGGCCUGAAGCACCAGGAGCCCCAGCUGUUCAUGCUGCUGCUGAUGGGGGUCAGUGUGGUUUGGAUGUUGUGGUACCUGCUGUGGGCCAGGAAGCAGCCCGGCAUCUGCCCACAUAAAGACCACCAUGCCGGGGGAAUCACUGUAAUCGUGGUCCUCAUGCUCUUUGCUGCAUUCAGUCUGCUGCUAUAUAUCUUCAGGAUUGGUUAUUUGAUCAGUAUGAAGGACUGUAAGCCUGCUGCUAAAGUGUUCUCUCCAUUCAUCGAGGCUCCUUUUCUCGCACUGCAGACAUAUUUACUGUGGGCUCACUCCAAAGACUGCAUUCACAGACACAAGAUAAUCACCAGGUCCGGGCUGAUGGUGAUCCUCUCGGCCGACCUGCUGCUGUGGCUGAACGCCGUGACUGAGGACACCAUCCACGAGGAGAUCGAGUUAGAAAAGGAAGACAAGCUUGAUUUCAGCAACACAACCUCUGAUUUAGCAGACAAUUCGACCUUCUGUCAGUGCAGUGCGAGUGCAGCCUGUCUCAUCUUCAGGAAAGGCUUCGAAAUCCUUUAUCCCUUCAACAUGGAGUACUACCUGAUGGCCGGCUGCAUGAUCUAUGUGAUGUGGAAGAACGUGGGCCGCAGGAUGAGUCCAGGUCACCACCACGUUACCCAGAAGCUGACCCUUGGUGUUGUCUACCAAGGUGGCGUCAUAUACGGCCUUGUGUUUGGCGCCCUGGUGCUCGUAGCGGGCGUGGUCGUCUUCAUUCUCUACCAGGUUUGGGUGAGCCAGCAGCAGCUUCGCCUCACGGCCUUCCUCAUUUUCUACGGCUACCAUUUAGCCGUCAUGCCCGUCAUGUCCCUGUGCUCCCUGGCUGGGAUGCUGGUCCACAGGUUCGAGAGGAGGGCGAAUGAAGCGGGACACAACCCCACUCGUAGCCUGGAUGUCCUCCUCCUGGUGGCAGCUGCUCUGGGCCAGCUCGCCCUGUCCUACUUCUCCCUGGUGGCGGCGCUGGCUGUGGGGACCAACGGGCCUCUGGGGGACCUCGACCUGUCCUACUCCCUCCUCAGCCUGCUGGAGCUUAUCCUCCAGAACAUCUUCAUCAUCGAAGGCCUCCACAGACACCCGAACCUGUUCGCCAAGAGGAAAGACAAGCAGCGGAGCAGCAUAUUCAAGCCUAAGAAAAAGGUUGCUGUGCCAAUACAAGAGGAGAGGAAGACGGCGGUUUCACUGCUGGAGGGGAACACGCCAGCUCAAGAGCAUGAUGGGAAAAAGCCCUGGACCAAAAGAGCGAUACAAGAAAUCUGUGCUUUCCUCAUCCUUUCUAACGUUAUGCUGUGGGUCAUCCCUGCGUUUGGAGUUCACCCCCAGUUCGAGAACGGCCUCGGGAAACAGUUUUUCGGCUUCUCAGCUUGGUUUGUUCUGGUGAACUUGGGUCAGCCGCUCAGCGUUUUCUACAGGAUGCACUCUGUGGGAGCUUUAAUGGAGCUGCUCAUCUCUGCAUGACGAGCAGCGGAGGUCCAACUCUGACUACAUGACUGAUAAAGUAGAUAAUAAAGAAAUGAUUUUGUUUAUACAGAAUGAGGAGAUCCUCUACUGUUUUAGUCUGAGGUUGUUUUUCAUGGCUUGU